UUAAUCCGACAAGCUCAUGAAACAACGCUACAUGGAGGAGCACAGCUGACGCUGCAUACACUUCGUCGCCGUUUUUGGAUUUUAAACGCAAGACAAGCUGUCAAGUCCUUUGUACACCACUGCGUCGUAUGUCGACGUCACCGAGGGGUGCUCCUCAAGCAGCAAAUGGCUUCGUUACCCGGGCAGCGAGUUAAACCUGCAAGACCAUUUGUAUCCGCUGGGGUGGAUUAUUGUGGCCCUUUCACUCUACGUGUUGGCACAAAACGCUCUCGCACUCUCGUGAAGACAUACUUGGCUAUUUUUGUAUGCAUGGCGACUAGAGCCGUUCACAUCGAGGUGGUGGAUGAUCUGUCUGCGCAAGCCUUCCUCGGCGCUUUUACACGCUUUACCAGUCGGCGGGGUCCUUGCCGCGACUUAUACAGCGAUAACGGCACGGCAUUUGUGGGUGCGAAUCGACUGCUCCAGGAAGACGUGGCGGCAUGGAACAAUGAGAACAAUCAACGAUCGUUAGCGAGCAUGGGCACCCAGCGGCAUUUCAUCACUCCUAGUGCACCACACCAGGGUGGUCUCUGGAAGGCUGCGGUUAAAUCUGCCAAGCAUCAUCUGGUCCGCUGUGUUGGUUCUCAGACUAUGUGGUACACCCAAUUGCAGACCCUGGCCGCGCGUAUAGAAGCGUGUCUCAAUUCUCGUCCGAUCACUCCACUGUACGAUGACCCAGACGAGAAGUUUGCAUUGACACCAGGGGACUUUCUCAUCGGAGCACCGCUUUUAGCUGUGCCGGAGCCAGACAUACGCGAGAUUCCCACCAAUCGCUUGAAGCAGUGGCAGUGGGUACGACAAGUCCACCAGGAGUUUUGGCAGCGUUGGAGCUCCGAGUAUUUGAUCACGCUCCAGAGGCGCAAUAAGUGGCAGCGACGCGUCCGGAUAUCCGAGUCAACGAUGUGGUGUUGGUGCGGCAUGAGAAUCUACCACCAACCCAGUGGCGUCUUAGUCGUGUGGUGGCAGUGCAUCACGGAGACGACGGAGCCGUCCGAAAUGUCACUUUGAAGACUGCGAGUGGAUGCAUCACCCGAGCUGUUCAAAAGCUAUGCUGCCUGCUUGAACAAGAUGAUUUCGAGUCAGCCGACUCGACCGGGCAGGAUGUUUAGAGUUAAGUGUGAACUCAUUGUCAUGUUUUCUUAACUAUCAAACUUGUACUCUAUGGCUACCCUAGUUUAUCGAUAACUAUGUAUCUACUUUGACAUUUCUAUUGUUUGCCAAGAAUCCAUUUGCAUUAGUACGGUUUUUUUGUAAUAUUCAUUUUGCUAUAUAAGCGCGAAACCAUCUUGUAUACGGUCUAUUUUGCGACAAUAUCUGCAGCAAUAAACGUGCGAUUUCUAGAGGACAUCGUUGGAGUCUUUUAUU